UCCAGUGUUUGGUUUCCGCGCCGCGCCGAGUCGACAUGGAAACAACAAGCAGCGAUGAUAAACCCCACGAACAGCAGACAGAUGAGGGGAUGGAGGCGGACAGGUCCAUGUCAAGGUCUGACAGUGGAAGUGGAGAUGAUUCCCUUGAUGGCCUCUCAAACCAUGUCCCUCGGUGCCCUUUGACCCCGUCUUUAUCGCCACGAAAACGCACCACGAGCCAGUCCAAGACAGAGCCACCACUGCUGAGGACGAACAAACGGACCAUCUACACUGCUGGCAGACCACCUUGGUACAAUGUCACAGGGACCACCUUCAAAGAGGCCUUUGUUAUUGGUCUGUGCGGAGGAAGUGCUUCAGGUAAAACCACAGUAGCCAAUAAGAUAAUUGAAGCGCUGGACGUUCCCUGGGUGGUUCUGCUCUCCAUGGACUCCUUCUACAAGGUUUUAAAUAAAGAAGAGCAGGAGCUGGCAGCCAAAAAUGAGUAUAACUUUGACCAUCCCGAUGCCUUCGACUUUGAGCUGCUGGUCACUGUCCUCAGGAAGCUGAAGAAAGGAAAAAGCAUUAAAGUCCCGGUGUACGACUUCACAUCUCACUGCAGACGCAAAGAAUGGAAAACAGUGUACGGGGCCAAUGUUGUCAUCUUUGAGGGCAUUCUGGCGUUUGCAAACAAGGAGCUGCUCAAGCUGCUGGACAUGAAGGUGUUUGUGGACACAGAUUCUGACAUCCGCCUGAUACGGAGGCUGAAGAGGGACAUCUCACAGCGUGGGCGGGACAUCAGCGGCAUCAUCAAACAGUACAAUAAGUUUGUAAAGCCAGCGUUCGAGCAGUACAUUGAGCCCACUGUGCAGUCUGCUGACAUUGUGGUACCCAGAGGUGGAGAAAACUUUGUAGCACUGGAUUUGAUUGUUCAGCAUGUUCACAGCCAGCUGGAGAAGCGUGAGAUCACUGUGAGAUCGGCUUUGGCCUCGGCUCACCAGGGUCAGCCCUUACCCAAAACCCUCAGUGUGAUGGAGAGUACGCCACAGGUCCGCGGCAUGCACACCAUCAUCAGGAACAAGGAGACUAACCGAGACGAGUUUAUCUUCUACUCCAAGAGAUUAAUGAGGCUUCUGAUAGAGCAUGCCCUCUCCUUCCUGCCCCUCAAGCCAGUAUCUGUGGAAACGCCUCAGGGAGGCAUCUAUAAUGGCAAGAGGCUGAGCGGUAAAAGAAUCACAGGCGUUUCCAUCCUGAGAGCAGGAGAGACAAUGGAGCAGGCUCUGAUGGCUGUGUGCAAAGACAUCAGGCUGGGAAAGAUCCUCAUCCAGACAAACCAUGACACAGGUGAACCAGAGCUUCACUACCUUCGUCUGCCCAAAGACAUCAGUGAAGACUACGUCAUCCUGAUGGACAGCACAGUUUCCACCGGAGCUGCUGCUCUCAUGGCUGUCAGAGUGCUGCUAGACCACGAUGUAGCAGAAGAUAAGAUCUUCCUGUUGUCCCUGCUGAUGGCAGAGAUGGGUGUCCACUCAGUGGCCUACGCCUUCCCUAAAGUCCGCAUCAUCACCACUGCCGUGGACAAGGAGGUCAACGACCAGUUCCACAUCAUACCAGGCAUCGGUAAUUUUGGAGAUCGUUACUUUGGCACCGACGCUCCAUCAGACUGGUGCGAGAGUGAUGAAGGGAUGGACUUCUGAAUAGAGAGCCUAUCAGGGACGUGGAGCGUUGUUACAGAAGCACUUACAGCCAUGAAAACCCUGAAGAGACUCUCCUUCAUCCCUCGCCGCUCAUCUGCUCCAUCGACAUCCUCCAGACCAGGGAGGUGAUGCUUUAAUAAACUGCUUCCUGUUCCGAACAGAGUUCACUGUUGGGUCAGCGCGAUUACUGACGACGUCAGUGAGAGCUCAGCAGAGAUUUCCAUCUGUGCCAUUCCCCAUUCGAGUUUACAGCCAGUUUUAAAGGAGUCAAAGUGUUGGUCAGCUUUGGCACCUUCUCACCCAGUUGUAUUAAUUCCACUGCAAUCUCAAAAGGAGUGUGCUGCAAUGGCCACCAAUUUAAGCUGCAUGUUGCGAGAGAAAACUGCUCAAUUAUCAUGUAAAUAUUGUUGAGUCAUGUGUUUUUGUUGCUCAAGUGUUGAAGUUUGAAUUCAUGUACUGUCAGUUUACUGGAAGGGCCUUAAAAUCUUCAAGUUUCUUUCAGGAUUUUGCACAGUGAGUGUCUCUGCCUUUAAAUAUUGUAAAUAAAUCAUUGGUAAAAGUUAGCUGGGAAGAUUUGGCUAGAGCUCGGCUCAGUUUUAAUCCUCAAUUUUAACAGCAGUUACGAAAAAAUGUACUUCAUAGUGUCAAAUCGAUCCGUCGAUACACUGCUACGUGUCUAAUCGGUAAUUAUCUAAUCAUUUGUUUUGCACAAAGAAACGACAAACAUGAAAUUACAUCUCAACCUUUAUGUCUAGUCUCUAUCACAAGUAUUGGAUGUUUAGGGGAGGAAAUUUCCAGAGUUAGACGUAACUUAAUUUGCCACGUAGCAGUGUUGUGUAAUUUUAGCUUAAAGCUUUCAGUAAGAAUUAUUGGUGUAUUGCAGCUUUGCUCGGUUGAUGAAGUUCCAGCUGUCCGUACUGUAUAAUGGUAUUACCUCAGGCGACUUUCACUGAAAGAAACAAGGAGUCAUACUUGAACAAGAAGACUGACUGACGGAUGAUUAGAGGAAACAACCAUAUAUUGUUGGUUAUAUUUGUUUUAUCUGUUAGAUUUUGUUUUUAUCUCAUUGUUUACCACAAUAAUAACACAGAGCCAUUGUGUCCGUUCAAGUAAAACUUACAGUCAUAGGAAGCAAAUAAGAAGCAAAUAUUUAAAUUUUAACAGCUACUGAAUACCUAAUAUUGCAAUUUAAACACCACUGAAUUGAGAGCAUUGAAAUAUUUUACCCUAAAAACCAUUUAUCUGAAUUAAUUUGUUCAAAAUUAAUUUGAACAAAUUAAAUUUUUUUUUUUUUAAUUAUAAUGAUAUAUAUUUUUAUUUUUUUAAUUUCCCAAUGUUUACAAAUUCAGAUCCAAAAAUUCAAGUUCCAUAAUUUCAAAAAAUAGAGUCAGGUUUUUUAAAUUUGAUGGAUAAAAUUUAGAACUAAAAAUAUUAAAUAAAACAUCAGUCAAAUCCAAUUGGUCAAAACAUUCAGGCUCGAUUGCCUAUCCUGUGCUUGGUAUCCGAGAUGUUGCUAUUUUAUUUUUUUUUUAACUUGAAUAUUUAGAUUUGAAUUUCACCAGUUGACUUUGAGCAUGCAGAUUUUUUUUUAUUCUUAAAAUUAAAAUGUUAAAAGAAAAAAAAAAUCAACUUGAAAAAAAAAUGUAUUAAUUUAGCAGUGUUUCAAUUUCACCAUAAAGUAUUCAGCAUCUGUUAAAGUUCAGUUACUUAUGUCUCUUAUUUGCUUCCAUAUAUUUUCAACGUGCUCAGAAAAAGUGUCAUUCCUUUAAUUUCUUUUUAUUUUCCAUGAGUUGAAAAAAAAAACAAAAACGUCACAUCACAAAACAUUAUAUUACUUAGCUUUAGCUGCUAAUUAAGUCAUCGUAUAGCUUUGUAUUGCGUUGCUUGUCAGACUUUGUGUAGAAAGCGUAAGUGUAACAAUAUCGCUUUCAAUAGCUUGUCAGCAAUAUCAGAAAUGUUCACAUAUGGGCUGACAAAAUUUUAACUGACCAGGAGACCAAAUGACACCAAGUGUUACUGCUAGUGGUCUAAUGUCAUGAUUUGUAAACAACUACAGCACUUGUGUUAGCAUAAGUUAGGUAUAUUCAAAUUAACUUAAAGUCCCAGAUUUUUUGUUUUUUCCCCAUAUAUAGAGAAACUGACUCAUAUGGGACACUUACAUGUUGUGGUAAUUUUGUUUGCCGCCCUUUUUUUUUUAUGUUUUUAUUUAUUAAUUAUAUUGUUUGCAGGGAUUCUACAUCUUCACAUAAUUGUUUUGCAUUACUUUGCGGCCAUUUAUCCAAGUUACAUAAACAAUAUUUUGUUGUCUUAAUGUUUAUAACACUGAAGUUCUGCAGACGCAGUCACUGUCCAGAUCAUAUCAGGUUCACUUUGACAACAGGCCUUAUGCUAUUGACAAUUUAGGACAAAUUAUGACUGCAUUCUUUCCAGGUGCUCCAGUGCUACGUGCUAGUGUGUAUGCUGUCUUUACUGACACACAGUGAUCAAAGAAGUACCCAAAUCUUUUGCUAUGAGUAAAAAAAUAGUAGUAGUGGUAGAAGUACUCCAUCCUGCAUCUAAAAUAUCUAAAAUAACAAAAACAUAAGCAUUAAAAUACAUUUAAAGUACCGAAAGUAAAACGGAUGAUGAUGCAGAAUGGCCUGUGUCAGAAUAAUAUAAAUUACAGGAUUAUAAUUAGUGAUGCAACAAUGUGUUCAUCACUUUAAUGUUGCAGCUGCCCAGUAGUUUAAUCGUUAUUAAUACAUCAGUUAUUAGUGUGUAAAUGUAGAGAAGUGGAAGCAUAAAGUAUCAUAAAGAAUUAUUUAAGUAAAGGUCAAGUAUCUCAAAUUGCUGUUUAAGUGCAGUACUGAAGUAAAUGUGCUUAGUUUUAUCCCACCACUGCUGACACAGCUAGUUGGAACCAGUCAGUUAUCAAUGGUGUUAGUUACACCUUUGCUUUUGUCAAAUGUCCACCAAGAGAAAGGUUUACGUCCAGCUGUAUUUGAGAGCACAUUACAAUUACGAUAACAUUAUCUACUGUCACUUUGAUCUGUACUGUAUGGCACAGUAUAUUUUUAUGUGGAAGCUUGAAACCUCACAUUAAUUACUUACUGUACAUGAAACUGUUUUAGUGUGCGACGGAUGAAUUGUUUGCACACUGGAUAUUUGUCAUAGCAGGAAAAGCACAGGUGUAACUAUUAACGCUAAUAAUGACUCAGUUCACUUUAGGCCCCAAAGUAAGCCAUGCACCAGUACACCUGAAUGGGAUGCAGCCAUGAUUAAUGUUACUAGUUACACCAGUGUGUUGGCACGUGAACAUGUGCUUUGUGAGAAAGAGUUCUUAGUUUCCUUUAGUUUUGUUUUCACAAUUUCCAUUUCACUUGUACAGAAUAAAAAUAUUAAC